AUGGAAUAUAGCUGGAAAAAGCGAACAAAAGAAAUUAAGCCACUGAAGAUUAAAGCAAACACACAUGCCAAAAAAGUCUCUGUCUUGCAGGUUUCAUCGUCUUUUGCCACAGGGCCCAGGCAAGGCGAUGGCACAUUCUAUGAAUUUCGUACUUACACUGUUAAACCAGACAAGAUGAAAAACUUCCUGGAGCUGACCAGCAAAAACAUUCACCUUCGGACUGCGCAGUCUCCUAUGGUUGGCUAUUGGACCGUGGAGUUUGGGGGAAUGAAUAAAGCUUUCCAUAUUUGGAAGUAUGAUAGCUUUGCACAGAGAACUGCUGUCCGGGAAGCAUUAGCCAAGGACCAAGAAUGGCAGGAAAAAUAUAUGUCCCAAAUGCUGCCAUUGUUAAAUAAACAAGAGAAUGAAAUUACUUACUUGGUACCCUGGUGUGAACUUGGCAGCCCUCCGAAGGAUGGAGUCUAUGAAUUGGUUACAUUCCAGAUGAAACCUGGUGGGCCAGCUACAUGGGGGCAAUCCUUCAGAGCGGCAAUUAGCGCUCAUAUAAAGACGGGCUACACUAAGCUGAUUGGAGUCUUCCACACAGAAUAUGGACUACUUAACAGAGUUCAUGUGCUUUGGUGGAAUGAGAACCCAGAUAGCCGGGCAGCUGGCAGGCAUUAUGCCCAUGAAGAUCCCCGGGUUGUGGCCUCCGUGCGGGAAAGCGUUCAGUUUCUGGAGUCUCAGCGAAACUUUCUUCUGCUACCCACAGGAUUUUCAGUGCUGAAAUAGUUUUUGUUGUAUACUUCAUCACUGUGAGAUUAGGAAGAGUAACUUUCUAACCAUGUUUAUAUCACAGUUCAGUGCUACUGUAAUGGGGACCUAUUUUGCCCUUUUCGACUAAACUUGGUACGUUUUACUCGAGUCUUGACGCUGCUUUUGAAAAUGGAACAUGGUGCUAGAGAGUACAACCCACCAAUUUAUGAGAAUUCAGAGCAUCGUAAACUGGUUUCCACUAGCCCUUGACAACAGGCUGUGUUCUUUGCAUGGUUCCAUUUUCAUAAAUCUGAAUAAUUGUGUAUAUCACUCUAAGGUUGAAAACAGAUGACAGUUCAGUGUAUGAAGCCCCCAACCACCACCACCCUUUUAUCAAUAAAAGGUGCUCAGGAUAUCAGUUCAGAUUGAAACCUCCUUCCCAUACCGUUUUGUAGAAGUGAGCUCACUGGACAAACAUACAUAUCAUGCUAUGAGACUCGCUGGUUUCCACGGUGUGGAAAAUGGAAGACCUGUAGGACCAUUUCUAGACAACAACAUGCGUAUAAAUGGGGGGAUGGGGAAGUUAAAUUCAGUCCUUGCGUGAAUUUUGGCUCCUCAGUUGGGAGCUUCGUAGAGUCCAGAGAGUUGAAAGUCGUUUGAAGGAAAACUGGCUGUCUAUGCAUUUUCAUCCCCCUGGCUGCUCAAACAGGUUUUACUUUUUUUGAAAUGGUCCAACAAAGAGCACAGCCUUCAGGCCUCUUAAAAAAAACCCUGUCUGACCAUGGCUUAAGUUUUGCAUAGCUCAAACGCUAUAUCACUCUAAAAGUUAUUGAUGCAGUUGCUUCUGGUAAAGGUACUUUCCUCACUGCCUCACUGACCUCAACAGGGGAAUUAACAACAUUUCUCAUAGACUAUCCUGUUGUGUUUCAGGGACAAAACCAAACCCUUUGAGGUACAAGUGUGAAUGAUGACAGAAUAUACAGUAUUCAAAAAGUUGUGAAGCUGCCUUCCCCCCCCCCCCCCCCCGCCCUUUCCAAAAUAGUUUCACAUUAUAUGGGAACACUCUAGUCAGUUUCUGUUUUGGGUCCAAGUUGGCUUUAUUUCUCUCUGUCCUCUGAAAAGUUCUGGCCUCCUUUUUCUGUGUAUGUAUGGCUUGCUAGAAAUACUGAAACUGUGAAUAAGUGCUUUCUGAAAACAUUGAAGGUUAAUCAAGUAUUGGGUGGAAUGCAUGUGCUUAGAUUGCUUGAACUGAAAAAAGGGGAUUUGCUAAAAUGUAAAUACUGAAAUAUAAGCAGUGUUAAACCAAUGAUUCCUCCCUACAAAAAUAAAGUUUAUACUUUAUGUAACUCUUAA